UGCUGUUCAGCUCCUUGUGCCGACAGGAUGAACUUCCUUAAAAGUGGCCUACAGACGGUGCUCGGUUCACAGCAACCGAACCAAGCACCGAGCGGUGCAGAAACGGUGGAACUGUUAGUGGAACGGGUAACAUCGUCCACCUUGCUAGAUGACCGACGGGAUGCUUGCCGGGCUUUGAAAGCCCUAUCGAAAAAGUAUCGCAUCGAGGUAGGCAUCGGUAUGAACGCGAUGCUGCAAGUGCUCGAGACGGAUCGUACGGAUUGUGAGAUUAUCGGGUACUGUUUGGACACGCUGUGCCAUGUCACUUCACCGGAACAGUUCGAAGAGGAGGAGGAUAAUCCAAACGUGACGGCCAACAUCGGUGAACAGUUUACGGAAAUUUUCAUCAAAAACUCCGACAACGUGUGUCUGGUGCUGGGGUGCCUGGAGGAGUACGAUUUCCGUGUCCGAUGGGCAGCGAUCAAACUGCUCACCAAUCUGCUCGCUAACCGACCAAAAGAAAUACAGGAGAUUGUGCUCGUCAGCCCGAUGGGUGUGUCGAAGAUGAUGGAUUUGCUGAUCGACAGCCGGGAGGUGAUACGAAACGAUGCGCUGCUGCUGAUGAUACAGCUGACGAAGGGAAAUGGGAACAUUCAGAAGAUUGUUGCGUUUGAAAAUGCGUUUGACCGGUUGCUGGACGUUAUCAAGGAGGAAGGUUGCUCGGAUGGAGGCAUCGUGGUGGAGGAUUGUCUGAUAUUGAUGCUAAACCUGCUAAAGAACAAUCCCAGCAAUCAGCAAUUCUUUAAGGAAGGAUCGUACAUUCAGCGGCUGGCACCGAUGCUGGAACUUGCCACGGACCAGGAUCAAACGGGCAUGAGUCCACAGAAGGUAUCCAACCUCCACUGUAUGCUGCAGGUGGUAAGGGCGCUCGUUUGUCCCAGCAAUCCUCAGCAAGUUAUAAGCUCUUGUCAGAAGGCAAUCCGGAGUUCCGGCUUGCUUUCCGCAAUAUGCAACAUUAUCAUGGCAAGCGGCGUGCCACCGGAUUUGCUGAUCGAAACGAUCAACACGAUCGCGGAAGUGAUUCGAGGUGAUGGGCAAAACCAGGAUUACUUCAACUCAUUCGUUGCACCGUGCGAUCCACCACUAUCGGCCAUCGUGCUGCUGCUGAUGUCGAUGGUGAACGAGAAGCAACCGCUUUCGUUACGUUGCGCCGUACUGUACUGCUUCCAGAGCUAUCUGUAUCGCAACGAAAGUGGCCAGACUUCGCUCGUUAAAACGCUUCUUCAGUCUUCGGAGCAAUCGACCGCCAUUACCAGUGGUCAGUUGCUCUGUCGAAGUCUCUUCAGUACGGAUCCACUGUCGAACUGGUUUGCGGCCGUUUCGAUGAGUCAUGCACUGCUAGAGAAUCCGGCUCAAAAGGAGCAACUGUUGCGUGUGGUGCUGGCCACCUCACACACCAGCAAACCGGUUUCGCUGCUGGAACAGUGCAAUCAGUUACUUCAGCAGGCAAACUGCAAAUUCCAAAGCAAAGUUGGUCUGCUGAUGCUGCUGUCGGUGUGGUUAAGCCACUGUCAGCUGGCGGUACGUACAUUCCUUUCCAUCCCCGGUACAGUCGCCUACCUGACCGGACAAAUAUCGGCCAACGAGCACGGUGACAACGAGUAUCUAGUGCAGGGUCUUUGCGCCUUCCUGAUGGGCAUCUGCAUCCAGUUCAACGACAAUAGUGUACAGGAACAUCAGCGUGAAUUCCUCUGCCAGCUGCUGGUGAAACGGAUAGGACUCGACACUUACAACAAAAAGCUGGGAGAAGUAUCGAAGCACGAAAACUACAGCAAAUCGGCUAAACAGCCACAAAUACGCAUUGCGGCUACCACCGAUCUGUUAUUGGAUUACGAGUUUUGCCGCCUAUUUAAAGCACUAGAAGCGGUCAUUACGAAAACGGUGAAUGGAUUCAGUUCCGGGGGAGAAAACAUCACCGAGCUUACCCUUAGCCAGGAAGCGUCCGGUUUGGUGGCACAGUAUAAAGACAUUAUACGUGAGCAGGACACACGGCUACAGUCACUCCAGCAACAACUCGCACACAGCGAAGCGAAGCUAAACGAGCUAACCGGUGCGCUGGAACAAUCGCAAACCAGUAACCGACAGUUGCAGGAUCAAAAUAUUCUUCUCAAGGCACAGCUACAAGCAGCAUCCGAUUUACGCCAGCAAACACUUUCCUCUUCGGCCUCGUCCCCGCUUCACAUACUACCGGCACAGGACGACCGACAAGAAGCAAUGGAACAGCGACUUUCCCUACUAACUCUCGAACAGCAAACCGAUCGGUCGAAAAUCGCCUACUACGAGUCGGAAAACACACGCCUACUGAGUGAGCUCGAUCAGUUGCGCUUGCGGGUAACAAUGGCAGAAAGCAAAGCGAACGAAUCCGGCACCGAGCUGGACAAGCUACGAAAGGAUCAGGAAGAUCUGCUGGAACUGUUAACCGAUCAGGAGAACAAACUACAACGCUACCGGAUGGAGCUGAAAAAGGCGACCGGCCAAUCUUUUGAAGAGGAAGAGGAUGAUGAUGAGGAUGAUGAGCUGCAGGCGAUCGAGGCGAAUGAUGAUGGGGAGAAUAGUAGAGAGACCAAUUCUACCGGCACGACUAACACGACCAACAAUAAUACUUCCAAUUAUCCGGGAGGAUUUGUGUGCUAA